AUGGCACAGCUGGAGACCGGCCUGGGUGUGCCCCUCGGGGUGCCGGGCCGCUCCAGCGGCUGUGAGCACGAGCGUGACCAAGGAGGAGCUGAGGAGGCUGAUGGAGAAGGAGCUCCCCGGCUUCCCGCAGGUGGGGGGCCUGGGAGGCUAGGGCACGAGGGUCUCCUGGGCUUCCCACAUGGUGGGAGGCCGGAGCAGGGUGACAGCAGUGUCUUUGCAGGGCAAGCUCUGCCCCGGGUCAGACAACCCAUCUACCCGCGGAACCUUCCAGCUCCGACCAGUGUUUGCUGGGCGCCGGCCGGGAGCCCACUGGGCCACUUCCCCAGCCCCAUCCUGCACCUUGGUGGCACUUGGGCCUGGGACCAAGUGUUCUGGGACUUGGGACAGUCCCGUGAGCAGGCUAAAGCGGCCAAAUCUCAAGGAAGCCCCGGGGGCCUGGGAGACGCGAGGGACACGGAGGCCACGGACAGGCUGAUGCGGGACCUGGACGACAACGGAAGUGCGUCGGUGGACUUCAGCGAGUUCAUGGGCUUCAUGGCGACCCUGCUCAAGUUCUGUCACCCCUUCUUCAAGCAGAUAGAACGAGGCUUUAGCGUGAGCGCAUGCGUGCAGACGUCUCGGCGUGGUGUCCGUGGACGCGGGCAGCCGCAGACCCAGAAAAGAACCGGGCGCGCGCGUAAGCGUGUGAGCGCCAGGCACCGGAAGCAGGGCGGGCGCGCAUGCGUGAAAGUCAGCGCUUGUGCGCCGGGCCGGAAGCGGAACUGCGCGAGCGCCGGCUGGGCGGCCAUGGAGGGUUACCUGGAGCGGUGCGAGCCGCUGGGCGAGAGCUUGGAGGAGGAGCCCGAGCCUCCGGGCGCCGCGUCGAGCGGGGACAGCGGUCACGUGUCUCAGAGCCACAGCAGCACCUCGGGGCCGUGGGAAGACGAGGGCCCGGAGGACUGCGCGCCCGGCCGCGACCUGCCGCUGCUGCGCCGCGCGGCCGCCGGCUACGCCGCCCGCCUGCUGCCCGCGGCCCGGCCCGACGUGGAGGCCCUGGACGCGGGCCUGGAGGCCUUGCUGGCGCGCGUGGAUGAGUUCGUGGGCAUGCUGGACAUGAUUCGCGGCGACUCCUCGCACGUGGUGAGCGAGGGCGUGCCGCGCAUCCACGCCAAGGCCGUGGCCAUGCGGCGCGUGUACGGCAGGAUCGACCGGCUGGAGGCCUUCGUGAGGAUGGUGGGUGGCAGCGUGGCCCGCAUGGAGGAGCAGGUGGCGCGGGCCGAGGCCGCCCUGGGCGCGUUCCCCAGCACGCUGAGGAAGCUUCUGCACACCAUCAGCGUGCCCUCCCUGUUCGCCAGGGCGUCGUCCCCCAGGCAGCAGCCCGGCGGGUUUGAGCCGCCCGUGCUGUUCCGGACCGAGGACCACUUCCCUUGUUGCAGCGAGAGGCCGCAGAUCUGA